CGCUUAGUGGAUGAGAGGGGCUGACGUAAGUGUCAGUUGAAAUGUGAUAGGCGUCUUAUCAGUGUGGGCGCGUGGGCACGUUUCAGUUUUUGAAUUUUUUUAAAAUUUUCACCCAAAAGGUGGGUUGUAAACCCAAACCGCCUAUAUACCUAUCAAUAUAAGUGUUAUUUCCAUUUUUUCCCAACUUCAUUUCUUUUCUCUAAACGUUUAGUAAUGGUGAAAACACGUUCGUCUACAUCUCCAUCUGCGUCCUCCAAGGCUAUGAAUCCGAAGAACAAAUCGAAAGAAACAAUGUCCGAGGGUAGUGAUAGUGGAGAGUCUGAGCUUUCUUCGAAGAGGAAGAGGAACAAUGUCGGGUCUAAGAAGGGGAAACAUGCAGAUCGUCCGUUGAAAAAGAUGAAGCAAGUGAUUGAAGAAGAGGAUGUUGAAUAUGAUAGUGACGAUUUGGAGAUUGGAGUUCCAGAUAGUAUUAAGGAGUGGGAGCAAUAUUUUAAACCUGAGAGUCGUGUUAAGGGUAAGAUGAUUUUCUUCCCUAAUACAUUGGAGAACAAAGUGAUUGCAAAUAUCAAUGCUAAGUUGAGCCCUGAACAAAUUAGGCUUUUUCGUAAAUCAUGUUUUGGUCAUUUGUUAGACAUGAAACCAAUUUUAUAUCAACCUCAGUUAAUACAUAAUGCUCUGCUUAGGGAGGUACAUCAAAAAAAUGAGAAGGAGAUGUGGUUUAAGUUUGGGUGUGAAAAUUUUAGGUUUAGUUUGGCUGAGUUUGCGGUCAUAACUGGUUUACUGUGUAAUGGUGAUAAUGAUAUGAAAAAGUAUGCAAAAAGGGAGAAUGCAUUUGUUGAUAAGUAUUUUUUCGAGCAGCAAGUCACUCAUGGUGCGGUUGAACAAAGAUUUAUGUUUAGUGAGUUCAAGAGUGAUGAGUAUGCUGUUAAAAUGGCAAUUUUGUACCUUCUUACCAAUGGGUUGAUUUGUAGUCCUGCUGUAAAAAAAGUUUCUGAUGAGUUGAUGAAUAUUGUGGGGCUUGGUGAAUAUGAUAGUUUCCCUUGGGGGAAAAUUGUUUUUGAUCUUACAUUGCACAAUUUGAUGAUUGCUUUGAGGGGCAGAAAAAGAACAGAUUUGUCUGAUGAUUCAUGUGGUAAGGGAAAAGCUAAGGUGAAACGCAAACAGACGAAAGAAAAUAGUAAAACAUACAAGUUACCUGGUUUCCCUUAUGCAUUUAUGGUCUGGUUGUAUGAAACUAUUCCGUUAUGUCUUAAGGCAUCUAUAUGCCAAUAUGAUGCUUCGCAAGAGUAUAGGAUUUGUAGGUGGUCAAGUACUGGAAAUCCUAACUCUGGGGAGCUGGAUAGGAAAAUUUUCAUGUCAUCAAAGCUGAAAGCUCAAGCUAUUCUCCCCACUGAUGUUGAAAGGAAGAUGAUGAAACUUGAAGGUUUUGAUUUCCCCUUGUUGGAAACUUCUGAAGAUGAUUUUGAUGAUGAGCCAUUACAAAGGAAGCAUUAUGAGAAAGGUGACCCAUCUGGUAUACAGAGAAGUUAUGGUGUGGGGAAAUCUGAUCUAGUAGAGUUAAAGAACAAUGUGAAGAUGCUUGUUGGUAAUCAAACAAAAAUUGAUGAGUCUUUGAGUUUGUUGAGUACUGAGAUGAAGUGUAGUGUUAAGGAAUGUGAGUUGAAUAUGAAGUCUUAUAUCGAUGCAAAAAUUGAUGGAAGUUUGAAGUUUUAUUUGGACAUGAAGUUCAAUGAGUUGAGAAAUUGCUUUUUAAGUGGAAAUGAUGGUGGAAAUGUUGUAGUGAGCGAUGAGGAUACUUUUAAUAUGAAUGAUGAUGACCUUGUUUUGACAAAUGAAGAAGAGCCAGUUGUGGAGGUAAUUUUAGUUAAUUAAGAAACUAUUAUGUUUACUGUUUUUUAAUUAGUUGUUAGAUUAAUUAUUGGGUUUUAUGUAAACUGUUUUUUUUUAUGUAAACUGUUUUUGUGUAAACUGUUUUGUUUAUUUUUGAUAAUAUUUGUAAUAUAAAGUUAAACUUUUGUUUAGGUUGAAAAAGCUGGGGAUGAAAUGUUGGUAGAUAAUAAGGUAACUUUUUUAAAUUUUAAUAUUGGUGUAAAUUAUUAGGAUUAUUUUUAUUAUUUUUGUAGUGUAAUGUGAAAUUAUAUACAGGUUGAGGAAGUUUUAGAUGUUACGAAUAUAGAGAAUAAGGUAACUUUUUUUUUUAUUGUAGUUUUUAUUGUAGUUUACUUGUUAUAUUUAGAAAUCAGUAACAUUUUUGGUUUAUGAUUUGUUUUUUAUUGUAGAAUGAUGGUGGUAGUCAGCCUACUUUUGAUAUAAUGUGUUUUAUUACAUCCCAACCUGGUGAUGAGAAAGGGGAUGAUGACAAGAAAGAAGUGGUUGAUGAUGAUCAUGAGAUGUUCAAGAACGGAUCUAACAAGUUAAGGGAAGAUGAUAAUGAUGGCGAUGACAAGGUUAUAUUUUAUGUUUUAUUUAUAUAUUUUGGUAUGUGAGUUAUAUAUAUUUGCAUGUUGAUAAUUAUUUUUUUAUUUUUUUAUUUUGUUUUUUGCAGGGUAUUGGUGGUGAUGGGGUUGGUGCCAAGGAAGUUAAAGGUGGAGGUAAUGUUGGUGGAUCUAGUGGUGGAGUGAGUGCUGGGGAGUCAGCUGUCAAAGAAGGCAAGGAGGUAGUUAGUGUAAAUGAGAAGGUUGCUGAUGAUGAGAUGAUUUAUGAAGAAACCAAAGAGUUUACUGGUGCAACUGAAAAGUUGGGUGAUAGUCAAGGUACAGAGGAUAGUAUAACACUAUCUGCUUUAGAGAAGAUCAAUGAUAUUGAGGAAACAAUUGCAAAGGUAUUUUUAUGUUCGUGUUUGGUAAUUGUUAUGGAUUAUUAGGUUGUUUUUUUUUUUAACUGUUUUUUUUUUUUUUUUUUUUUUUUUGUAGGGUAAGGUGUUGCACAAUGAAGUAAAGGCUUCUAAUCAGAGGAAUAUUGCAAAGGUUCCAUGUUUUAAAUGUUUAAUUAUUAUCUACCAACAUUUAUUUUUUAAUUUUUUUUAUGUACUUAUUAUUGAAACUUUUUAAUUUAUUUUUAUUAUUACUAUUUUUAUUUUUUAAAAUUUGUGUUUGUUGUGUUUGUUGGUAGGAUUUGAAUGUAGAGUUUACGCCCAAGGUUGUUAAAAGGGCUGCGAAGCCUGCAUCUGUAAUGAAGAGUCCUUACACAACAAAUUUUGGUUCGGCCAGCAGUGGUAAACCAACUGGUGAAGUGUAUGGAUUGUUUCCAUUUUCAAAUGGAUUGAUGGCCAUGCCAGAUGAGCUUCAAGUUAAAUCAUUUGAGCAAUGGUUCAAGGCUGGUUUCAAUGAUAAAAACAAAUUGAAGAAGUUCAAACAAGAGGAUCGAGUAUUGAAGGUGCCAUUAGAUUUUGUUGUUGUGAAGGUUAACGAUAAAAUGUGGUUUUACGAUCUGAGAACCCCGGGGAGAAAUUUAUCAUGUUCGGUUAGUAUUUUUUUCUUAUGAUAUAUUGAUGGGAGUUUUGUUUUUUUAUGUUUGUGUUUGAGUUUUCAUUUAUUUGUUUAUAAUUUAUGUUUUUUUUUUAUGUUAUACGUUAUGCAGCAUAUUGAUGUGUGCUUUUAUUACUUGAGGAAGCAAAUUAAGUAUGACAAAAGUG